AUGGGCGUCAUCACCUUGUCCUCAUUCGACAUGAGUUCUCGUCGUCGAGGACCCGAUAUUCGCGGAAAACUUUCCGCGCUUGCGGAAUCCGGUCCUGCGCUUGAUCUCUCCCCAAGAACCGGCAAUCACGGCAGCGGGAAUGGCGGUGAUAAGGGGCCUCAGUUACUAAGAUGGAUGCCGCGGUCUAUCAGCCUCACGGCUGCGAAUAGCACCGGUUCAGGAUUGUUUUCGCCAAACGACUUCGCCAAAUCUCGCAAAAAGAAGGAAUCGCUUCUUGGGAAUGCCGAGGAGGAGGGGUGGGGGAUGAUCGGCUGUGAUUCGCCGAAUGCCGACGACGACCUUAACGAUUUUGCGAAAGGCGGCGGGGUAGCGUCGUCUUGGGAUUUUGAAGCUCCCACAAAGUCGCGGAGCUUGUCGCUGCGAAGUUUGACAAAGUUCAACCUCUCGUUCGGCAAGCAGCCCGCUCUCAAGCGAACGCUGUCUGACCGAACUCAACCCAACUACUUCAAUGGCGAGUUCAAUAAGAAUACUGCUCGGGACGACAACAGCGGCAACCUCGUUUCGUCGUCAACAUCGUCUUCUUUCGUCUCGAAAGCGCAUGAAAAUGUGUGCGACGCGGAAUUUGAUCGCGCGUCGGAGACUGCCAGCAGCAGCGAGUGCGGCUCGGUGGUGGGCGACAGCGACUCCAGUGAUUGGUCGAACGACAACCAUAAUGACGCGGCGUCAUCACAUUGGAAGGAGUGGGACGCAGAGGAACGAACCUCGAAGGUUCCCGAUGAGAAGAAACAGGAGAAGCGGAUCGCAUUCGUUCGUGAGUUUUUUCCCGCCAACAGAGCCGGGCACAUCCGGCGGUUCCUCCUGAAGCGCUUCGGUGGGAGUCUGCGGGAGAAGAUGCACGUGUGGGCUGUUGCGCGUGGAUGGCACACAGGCAGACGGCGACAGGGGCAGCACUCGAACCGCAUGCGAUGCGGUUCCGAGACUUCUAAUAGCUGCGCAGCGAGCGACUUGUUCCUAGACAGGAGUAGAAGCGUGCAUUCGUUCACCAUGGCGCCCCGAUUAGAGGGCGCCACGUCAUCACACCACUCCGUAUCGCACUCCGCAGGCCGCCAAUCCCAAAAGCAUCAGCAUCUGACGCGCCUCGUCCCGAAAAAAACCUACAAGCCCUUGCUAAGCCUCGAGGUCUUUUACACAGGCGGCCACGUGGCAGUCUUUCCGGAUGGGCGCCACGUGGCAUGUCCUUGCGCUGACGCGGUAAAGAUCGUCGAUCUCACCACGGGCAAGGUCGUGCGGACGUUGGAGGGCGACGGAGAGCAAAUCACAGCCGUCGCCGCGAGUCCAGAUGGCGUGUCCGCUUAUCCUCUAAAACCUGCCUUUGCUCCCCGCUGUUCCCCUCUGCUCCCCUCUACUCCCCUCUGUUCCCCUCUGCUCCCCUCUGCUCCCCUCUACUCCCCUCUGCUCCCCUCUACUCCCCUCUACUCCCCUCUGCUCCCCUCUACUCCCCUCUACUCCCCUCUGCUCCCCUCUACUCCCCUCUACUCCCCUCUGCUCCCCUCUGCUCCCGUGGACGCUAGUGGUGCGCUGCUGGCGACAGGCGGGGCGGACAGGGGCGCGCACCCUGCGCCCGUGUCGUGUAUGGCGGUAGACGCUAGUGGCGGGCUGCUGGCGACAGGCGGGGCGGACAGGGGCGUGCGUGUGUGGGACCUGGAGGCCAACGCGUGCACGCACUCGUUCACUGGCAUGGGAGGCGUGCUGUCGUGCGUGGCGUUCCAUCCCGACCCGAAUCAGCUCCUGCUAGUGGGCACGUCAGAGAGCGGGUUGGUGCGGGUGUGGGAUCUGGUCACCAAGCGCGAUGGUGACACUUGCCCCCUCAGCCAUUCCCCACCGUUCCCCCCUCCCCUCCCACAGCUGGUGGGCGCAUCAGAGAGUGGGCUAGUACGAGUGUGGGAUCUGGUGACCAAGCGCCCAGCAGCCUCUCUGGACAAGCACUUCUCUACCGUCACCGCCAUCGCCUUCUCGCCCUCUGGCUGGCUGCUGCUCACUGCAUCCCGUGACAAGGUGGUGAACAUUUGGGAUAUUCGCACCUAUGCCCACGUCACCACCAUCCCCGUGCGAGUGUGGGACGUCACCACCGGCGCCUGUCUAGCAAUGGGGUCAGGACACGUGGCAGCAGUUGCUGCUGUGGCGUUCUCUCAGAGGCCGCCGCCAGAUCAGCCAACAGGAGGGAAAGGGGGAGGAGCAGGGCCUUUCUUGGUAUCUGGUUCAAGCGAUCGCACGCUCAAAGUCUGGCCGCUGGCACUCCUCCUCGCGUCCUCCGCAGCAGCGCUGCCUCGCGGGAGGGGCGGCGUGCUUCGUCUCAAGUCAGGUGCCACAGUGGCAGCACAUGACAAGGAUAUAAACGCUGUGGCUGUGGCUCCCAACGAUGCCCUCGUGUGCUCUGGCUCCCAGGACCGCACGGCCAAGGUGUGGAAACUUCCAGACCUCUCCCUCUCCGUCACGCUGAGAGGUCACAAGCGUGGCGUGUGGAGCGUGGCCUUCUCCCCCGUGGACCGCUGUGUGCUCACGGCAUCAGGGGAUGCCACGUGUCGCAUCUGGGCGCUGGCAGACGGCAGCUGCCUGCGCACACUGCAGGGGCAUGAAGCAUCAGUGCUCAAGGCCAUAUUCGUUACCCGAGGCACGCAGGUGGUGUCAACCGGAGCGGACGGGCUUCUGAAGCUGUGGAGUGUGAAGGGCGGGGAGUGUGUCAACACAUUCGAUGAGCAUGAGGAUAAGAUAUGGGCUCUAGCAGUGAGCCCAGGGUCGGAGAUGCUGGCGACAGGUGGCAGCGACUCAUUGGUGCACGUGUGGCAGGACUGCACGCAGCAGGAGCAGGAAGAAGCGGCCCUGGAGCAGGUGAAGGCAGUGCAGCAGGAGCAGGCGAUGCGCAACGCGGCUGUAGCGGAGGACUAUGUGACGGCGCUACAGCUGGCGCUGCAGCUGCAGCGACCCGCCACCAUGGCCGCCCUGCUCUCCGACCUCAUGAAGAAGGAAGGUGCGGAGGAGAGGAUAGGAGGAGCAGUGGCAGGGCUAGAACCCUCGCAGUUGCGGCAGCUGCUGCUGUAUGCGCGCGAGUGGAAUACUAACGCCAAGCUCUGCCUGUCGGCACAGAGGCUGCUCUCGGCCGUGCUGAAGCACCACCCGCCAGCAACGCUCAUGCAGAUCCCAGGAAUCGGGGAGAUUCUGGACGGGCUGCAGCCAUACACGCAGCGCCACCUGGCGCGUCUCGAGCGCGUGCUGCGGAGCUCCUACCUCGUUGACUACUCUCUCGCCGCCCUCACCAUGCUACAGCCGACUGCUGACCUGGCGCUACAGCCGGAAGCUGAGCUGGCACUGAAGGUUGCCGGGUCGGGCGGCAAAGCCGCCCUGGCGCUACAGGCCAAAGCUGCCGCCCAGGAGAGGCCAUCUGGUUUGGAAGUAUUGAAGGAGAAGCCCAAGACGGUUUCACAUGAAUUUUACACUACCACCGCAUAUCAACAUCCUCCUCCCCCUCACGUCUCCAUAACAUCAUCCUCAUCACCCUCCACCUCCCCCUCUCCCUCCUCCGCCACCCCAUCCCCCUCAUAUCCCCAUAACAUCAUCCUCAUCAUCAUCCACCUCCCCUUCCUCCCCCUCCUCUCCACCAAUCCUCAAAUCCGAUAG